AUGGCAGCUGUCGCUACCCCUCGCGCGCCGACGCCGCGACCGAACCCCCCCGCGACAGUAAGCUUCUUGAACGACCCGGCCGCGGCCGUCCCUACGCCUUUGGCUCCCCCCGGUGCCGACCGAACCCGCCCUCCGCUUCAGACCAAUCCUUCCGCUCGCCGAUCUGCCCGGACUACAUCUACAGACUAUCUGUCCGAUAAAGCGACCGCCGCCUUCAUCCGCCGUGUCCUUUGCUCCAAGCAUCUAGCCGAAAGGGGGAGGGCAACCCCGUCCCCGAUCGAAGAACUGCUCCCACCCCUGACCAGUCGCAACGAUGUCGAUCUACAGCUAUACGCACUCAUCUCCGUCAUUCUGAGGGAAUACGUACAGGUGUGGUACAGCAAAAUCACUCCCGAUGACACCUUUGUAGACGAAAUCGUCCAAAUAAUCGCCCACUGCACGAGGGGCCUUGAGCAGAGACUACGCAAGGUCGACCUUGAAAGCCUGUUGUUUGACGAGCUGCCAGAUUUACUGGACAGGCAUAUACUCGCCUACCGCGCGGCGCAUGAUCCUGUGUCUAGGCCGCCGACGGAGAUAGACCCACGAGAAGUGUAUCACUCGCUGUGUCCUUUGGCUCCUUUGACGCCCAUACCCCGCUCCGAAGACCCCUCAUCUGUUGCGAGCCAGCAAGAGAACGAGACGCUAUAUCGGCAGCUGCUGGUGCAGGGCGUCCUGGCUGUUCUCCUACCGACUGAAGACCUUGAAAACGACUGCCUCACCUCCCUGGUCGGCCAAAUAUUCUCCGAGCUCAUUAUUGGCAACGUUCUCGCCAAUCGUCUUUCACAACCAUGGCUCAUUUACGAAUGUCUUAUAAUCCUCACCAGAGUCCUCGACAGGAAAGCAUCAGAGCCUAUCGAAGAGGGAGUGGCAGAGGCGUUGCAGGCCGGGUCAACAUCCGCGCUCCCCAGGCCGGCUCGCCGUAGUUGGUCCAUCCAGGGGGCAUUCUGGUCGCUCGUGCAAUGGUCAUUCCUCGCUUUCACAACAAUUCGCUUCCUCAUCAUCACUCUCGCAAUGUCUUCAUCCCUGCCUCCGAGGUCAGAGAACGACGUGAGUGAAAAGGACCAAGUGACUGGUCAAAUAUCGGAUUCGAAGACGCCGGAACCCACAGCUAGCUCGAACGAGGUGCGGCCUGUCAGAACGCCUAUCGCCGCCUUCAAGCUGUGGAGCUGCAUAGCUGACUUGCUGGAAAUGGACUCUCGCAUGCCUUGGUUGAGCGGGAUGAUGUCGCUUUUGCAACUCGGGGCAAUGAGAGGCCCAGGACGUGUUGCUGGUCUCAAUGGAGCUAUGGACAGGCCCUCGCGGGGCUGCGCUUCCAUCCACCAGCAAGCCUCAUUUACGCGCCCAAGUCCAACAAAGAGCAUCACUUUGCAGGGGGUCAUUUCCAUCACUGUCAUCUCCUUUGCCCAGCGCACGCCUACGGAAAUACGACGCUUGGUCAGCCACGGGAAGCUGCUCAUUUCGCACACCAUUCACCAACGCCUCCUCAACGCCGCAUACUUGCCAACAGUCCUCCGCUCCAUCCGCGCCGCCCUCUUCCCCAACAACGCCCCCGGCGUCUCGACCCUGGUAGCCCCCUCAUCUGACGAGGAGUUGCGUGCCCUACGCCGCAGGUGCGCUAGCGCCAUGCUGGCUAGAAUCCCGCCCUGGUUGGCUGGUCUGUAUCUAGGCGGGCAAGGCCUUGGCUUCCGGUGGCGGUCCGGACCGGUGUCGAAGCCUGAUGCUGAUGAUGCUGCUGCUGCGUAUACGAACGAGAGCGAGGCCAAUGUUCCUGGCAGGGAUGGAGGCAGCAACGGUGACGAGAGCGUGGCUACUACUGAUGACGAGACUGAUGACAUGGGUAAUGGCAGAAAAGAGGAUGAAGAUGAAGAUGAGCAGCGAAUGCUGUCCGAAAUCGAAGAGGGCAUACUGGAUAUCUUUUCGGACGAUUAUUGCAACAAGCAUCUCAUGUACAGCAUGCUGGAGCUGAUUCUGGUGAGGUUAAUGCCCGAGCUAGCGGAGAAGGGCGUCGUUGAGCUCUGGGAGGAGCGUCUGAGCCUGUGA